UCAUUCAGUUGUCUUUUAUCACUCGUAUGGUGCGGUUGAUGAAAAUUAUUUGCACGCGGUUCGCGAAAUCGACAUAAACAGUGUGUCCUGUAGAAAAACGGAUUUCUAUUCGAAUAUAUGAAGCAUUUGGAUAUUCGUGCAGGCAUUUAAUUGAAGCUGUGUUUCAAUAUCGACUAACGACCUGCUCUGAUUGGUGGAGUGGAAAAUAAUUAGUGCGUGUUUGGUGACUGAUCCGAUGUGUUGUUAGGUACCGUGGUUCAAUCGCAGCAGAUUUUCCAAUUGGAAUUUUGUGGACGGAUUUGGCGUUUUAUGAAUGAAAACUUAACACAAAGGUCGCCCACAACAAGUGGAAACUUGCAGCCCACGAGAAGCUCAUCUAUCAGUUUGGCUGGUUUUAAAUUGAAUAGAUUUGGCCGUCCUGUCGGGUUCAAGUACCUUUCGUUGCGUGUCGCGUUGAUCGUAAGCCCAAUUGUGAUGUGACUAAUUGUGCCUCCGUGAAUCCGCGUCCGCAUCCGGAAGAUAAUAGUUGGAAACGGAAGAAAAUUAUCCGCUCGGUGUCAGUGCAGUGUGUGCGUGCGUGUUUGUGUGUGCGGUUUGCGCGGAAAAAUAAUCAGUCAUCUCGAUUGCAUAAAGCUCAGAGAAAAGGACCUGCAAAUAACAGCUCGUGAAAAGAAUAGUUCACAUUUUCAAACGGAUGAUGCUGUCGGUCCUGCCAGGGCCUGUUGUCGUGCAAGAGGAACUGAAGCGAAAGAUUCUGAACUGCUGCGUCCCGAUGUCGUCAUCUAGGGAUGCAGGACAGAACCGUGAUGCUGCGUCAUUUCAGCCCCUAGCUUUGUGGCUGAUCCUGGCGCUACUAUUCGGCACGUUCGCCGUGACUCAGUGCAAUGAAUCUGACGUAUACUAUCCCAUGUCAAAGCUUCAUCUCAGCAUCCCCACUGCCAAGGAAUCAUACAUCAUUCUGCGAGAUCAUCCUUUACUUAACCUCUCUCCAUUCCACGAUGGCAAAGCUAAACAGUACCGUUACAAAAUCGACAGUUCAGCAGAACGAUACCUAAAGGUUGAUCCCGAUUCCGGUGAUGUUUGGAUCGAAUCUCAUUUUCUCGAUCUGCGAAAUUCAACGGAAUUCAUCAUUUCCGCCACGAGCAAAGCAAACAUUCUUCUUUUUAGCCUGACCAUCACACCAGUUCCUCUUGGGGAAAAUCUGCUGGCUAACUACUGUGAAACUCGUCUUGAUGAGAUUUGCUUCUGGAAAGCUGCCUCCUACAAAAUUAGCGAAAACGAACCACCUGGAUUUGAAAUUGGUCCGCUUGGUCCGAAGCUGUAUCAACAGCUUUGCCGGACAAAAUCAGUCACCUACGCUCUUACCAAUGGCACUGCCUACCUCUACGAACGAAACGGUUCAAUCUACAGCAGCACUUUUCUCGACCACGAUUCACCCCGUCCUGGCCCUUUGCUUCGGGCCAAUGUACGCUGUACGGUGGAGAUGGGCGGAAAAAAUAUUCCCCUGCUACUGAACCGAACCGUUGACGUUACAGUUUUGGAUCGGAACGAUAAUCGGCCUCGCGUUGAACACGCCACUAACACACAUAUCGAGCUGCACCUGGAUGAUCCCCAUAUUAGUCGGGACCAACCUCUGGCUCAGUUGAAGGUGCUUUUUGUGGAUAACGAUACCGCUGCCACUAACAGUCAUGUGCACUAUCAGCUACUGAAUGAUACCUACCGAUUAUUUCAACCAAAAUGUACCACGUACGAGUUGGAUCGUCCAGCUCCCAUCAAGCAAACUGUUUUUAAUUGUGUAUUGAUUGCGCAACAAACCGGAAUCCUACCCAAGGAACGAUACUGUGUCACAUUGCAAGCAGUGGACGAAUCUGUUCCAAAAGUCAUCGUUCGAAGUUCUUUAGAAAACUGUACAAUCUGCAUCAAUCCUAAUCAUGAACGCGUUCAGCUUCCACGCCCAGAAGCUCUGAUCAGUGUUGAUCACCCGGCAACAGCAGACAGUAAUAAACCGCCGCGUUCUAAGGGUAAAAAACGCUCCGGCAGCAAGGCCGCUACUAAUCUGGCGAAUUUCCAAUAUCCGGAAGAAGUUGUGCUGUACAACACCUCGACACGGUUCGCGCGUAUCGCUGUUCCAAGCAAUUUCCUCAUACAAGUGAAUGACAGCAAAAUAGAUCUAGAAUAUCGCAUUCUAAACAAUCCACUAGACGCCUUUGACAUUACAAAAAUAGCAGGGAUUAUUUAUCUCAAGAAUUCAACUAGUUUCAAAACGCAACCGCCCGGAGUUGUUCUCACCCUCACGGUUGCCUGGCUAAAUCACAAUGCCACUAUUCGCGUUAAGCUCCAGUCUCUCCCGGGAGCAUCCUGCAAUGCAUUAACUGAUCAAUUCUGCUCAAUCCACCCGAACCAGACCAGUUGUACUUCAAGCUGUGGCAUAGGUAGCAUUGAAGGUAGUUGCAAAUACAGAAUGCCAGAGGGAACAAACCCAUUUGCAGCUUUCGGUGGCAAUGAAUUCGAAGAAAACUAUCCUACCUGCACGCCUGAUUUAACAUACUGUCCGGAUAAUGUUUGCGAUCCACUGGAAGAAAUGGCUUAUCGAGAAAAAAUCCAAAUCUGCCCUCAAGAUUGCGUUCUGCCGAACGACAUCAUCGGAUUGCACAACCAUUUUGAUCCCAACAGACCCAAAGGAAUUCAUAUGUCGGCCUCUUCGUGUACAUGUCGUGCAACAGGGCAAUGUGACUGUACGCUCGCUCUCAACAUCAAACCGGAACAUCGAAAAAACAAAACAAAAACCACUACCACGUCAACGGGGCUGCUUCAAAAUCAAACCGCUGGGGCAUCAUCACCAGCAGCCGUUCGGGAUGGUAACUACUAUCAAACUGGUUUGAUUAAUGGUCCAAAUGCACCGGUUUAUUUGCUGGCGAUCGUUCUGGUACCGAUGAUUGUGGCCGUUAUGAUUAUAUCCUACUGUUUCACGCAUAAAGUCAACCUAAAGAAAAAGCUUGCCGACGGAAACAAUAUUCCUAUGCACAUGGUCAGCAAUGAGACCGAAAUGUUCAACAUGGAUCUACCGUUGAACUCACAGAUCAAUGAGAUCAAUUUCAAAAUUGAUUUUGAUAACAAGUGGGAGUUUCCGCGAGCAAACCUUAUCUUGGAUGUGACACUUGGCGAGGGUGAAUUUGGCAAGGUACUGAAAGGGUACGCUACUGAUCUUCCGGAGAAGCGUGGCAUCACAACAGUUGCCGUCAAGAUGCUUAAAACCGGUGCCAAUUCCGUAGAACUAUUAGCCCUUCUCUCCGAGUACCAGCUUCUGCAGGAGGUAGCCCAUCCGAAUGUGAUUCGUCUGCUCGGAGCUUGCACGAAGGGUGAAUCCCCCUUGUUAAUUAUGGAGUACUGCCAGUAUGGAUCUUUGAAGAACUACCUCCGUCUGAGUCGCAAACUGGACUGUCUCAAUUCAGCGGACUAUGAGAAUGCUAUUGAACCAAUCACAGUUAAGGACAUCCUUUCAUUUGCCUGGCAAAUUAGCAAAGGAAUGGCCUAUCUAACAGAAAUUAAACUUGUUCAUCGGGAUUUGGCCGCCCGCAAUGUGCUGUUAGCAGAAGGGAAAGUUUGCAAGAUAUCUGAUUUUGGAUUGACACGCGAUGUAUAUGAAGACGAUGCCUAUCUGAAGAAAAGUAAGGAUCGAGUUCCGGUUAAAUGGAUGGCACCGGAAUCGUUGGCAGAUCACAUAUACACGACCAAGAGUGAUGUGUGGGCAUUCGGAGUGCUGUGUUGGGAGUUGAUAACGCUUGGUGCUUCUCCCUAUCCCGGAAUACCUCCGCAGAAUUUGUACACUCUAUUAAAGCAGGGCUAUCGAAUGGAUUGUCCGAAAAAUUGCUCCGAAGAAAUAUAUAGCAUUGUGCGCUCGUGCUGGACAGACGAUCCAAAGCUUCGUCCAUCGUUCAAAUUCUUGGCUGGUCAGUUUGAACAACUGCUGGGUCGCAGUGCUAAAUACGUCGACAUGGAGCAGAACUCAAUCUCCAAUCCUGUUUACUGUGAGAAUACCGAUGAAACCGAUUGUGCUAAAAUCUCUUUCGUGAAGGAGGAACAGGAACGCCUUGAAUGCCUCUGGAGCACUCCUCAGUACGAGCCUACAGCGGAUGGAAGCACUGUGGACAGUUCCCGGUAUCUAUCCCCCCUCACGGACAAAAAAGCCCUCCUGCUGCAAAGCUAUGACACACCCCGUCCGCUGAUUGAAACGGCCACUAUUGAACAAAAACUACGCUACGAAAACGACGUUCGAUUGCGGCCCAAGGUGCUGAAUGCCUUUUGUCCACGAUCCUCCACACUCCUUUACAUCAAUUCGACCAGUCAUCCAAAUCUGUUUUGCCAUACUAUUGACGAAACAUCAUUUAUUGUUCCUACUGAGUACGACUCUCCAAGUAAGCAACCCCGACGAGUAUCCUAUUUGGAUAUGAACAAAAACAGCGUUAACCUAAACCUGGAAAUCAACAACAUUGUUGAUAAGAAACAAUCGAAAGAUAUUGCCUUCCGGUUUUCCAGUGUCGACAAUAACCUGCAAAUCGCGGGUGCACCUUCCGUCGUCAUUCCGAUAGAAUCCGAAAAAGAACACAAUGGAGACUGGGGAAUAGAUCAGGUGGAUUAUCCAUGCAAAAAAAUUAACGGCCCAGAAAUGCCCGCCGUUACCGUAACUUCGACUGUUUAGGUAAAGCAAAGUAGAGAUCGAGUACGAUCCAUGGAGUUUGUUGAAGUUUUUUGAAUCAUUUAACUUUUUUCAUUAAACGUAAGAGCAAAAACCAAAACAAUCCAACAGUAAGGCAACAGUUAUUGCUAAGUGGUCUUAUAUGAGUGGAACCAAAAUAGUACCAAAAAUUCUAGAAGAAAUCAAAUAUUUGAUAUCAAUAUUAAAAUAUAUAGAUAGUAAGGGAGUACUCGUUAGGCUGAGCCUCACGAAAAAGGUUUUGGAGAGAGAUAUGCCAUUUUAUAUAUUUAUUUUUGUUUUGUUAACCCUUUAUUUGUUAGUUGUAAUUGUAAACGAUUGAUCUCAUUUGUCACGUAAUCGAAUACCAAAAACAAUCUUGUUGGUAGAUUUAUGUUUUUCAUGGAAGCUAUUUAUUUUUGAAUGUUUACAAACGAAGAAAAUGUGCCAUAAACUGUUACUCUAUUCUUUAUAACUGAUAAGAAUUCGUUAUUUCCCUUUGUACAUACAUUUAUUUACUGCAGCGAGUCGAAAACGAUGAUAUACUGAACGAAACUAACAUCAGAUACGAACAUUCCUGAAUCUAUGUGUUAUAGGAUUAUAGCAAAGCUGCAAUCAAUCUGUACAAGUUAUCAGCAGCAAAGGACGUACACUUCAACUUUACACCCGUAAAAAAAUAGGAAGCGAAUAAAUAU